AUGCACAUCAUAAUCAUACCUGCUCUACUCUAUAACAGGAUGAUGCACGCGCUGGUGAAGAACGGGGGAUUUGUGGACGGAUUGAAUAUGGCCAAGUCGAAGAGAGAGAGGUGGAUGUCUCCGGUAGCUGAUUACCAUCUUUCGGCAAUUAGUAAAACACACAAAACUCCACCCCUGGCGUGUUCUGCUCCCCUGAUAUUUGCGAACAGGGACGGACACUCCACAAACUUAAUUACACCGCCCGCUCCCGCGCCCGCGCCCGCUUCCUCGUCCGCUCCCGCUCCCGCACCCGCGCCUCCAUCAACGUCUACAUUGAUUGAUGUGGACCGAUGCGUUAAUUGCGUCUGCAAAUCGCCGUCACAUUUUCACGGUCACGGCGGCCACAUCAAAGAGUUAGGGCGCCCCCCUCCCGCUCGGACCCUCCACAAUGUGACGUACUAUUAA